AUGGCCUCCAAAGGGGCAGCGCCAAGCACUUACACUCCCACUCCUACCAAGAAAACCCGUCCUCCAAUCUUCAGUGACUCUGAUGUCGACUGGCUACGUCCCGAUGGUCGCGGUUUCCACCAGUGCCGACCCGCCUUUUUCAGGACUGGUGCCGUGAAUUCUGCUGCAGGAUCAGCUUAUGCUGAAUUUGGAAAUACAAAGGUCAUUGUUUCUGUGUUUGGGCCCAGAGAAAGUAAGAAAGCAAUGAUGUAUAGUGACGUGGGCAGGCUUAAUUGCAAUGUUAGCUAUACCACUUUUGCCACCCCUGUUCGUGGACAGGGAUCAGACAAUAAAGAGUUCUCCUCCAUGCUUCAUAAGGCUUUGGAAGGCGCAAUAAUGUUGGAAACCUUUCCAAAGACAACUGUAGAUGUAUUUGCAUUGGUGUUAGAAUCUGGUGGCAGUGAUCUUCCUGUUGUAAUAUCUUGUGCAAGCCUUGCCUUGGCAGAUGCAGGGAUUAUGAUGUAUGACCUUGUUGCUGGAGUUUCUGUGUCUUGCCUUGGUAGAAACCUCAUCAUUGAUCCAAUUUUGGAAGAGGAAACUUUUCAAGAUGGAAGCCUGAUUAUCACUUGCAUGCCUUCUCGUUAUGAGGUCACACAGCUUACUAUUUCAGGGGAAUGGUCAACUGCAAAACUGAAUGAGGCGAUGGAGCUUUGCUUGGAUGCUUGCUCAAAGUUGGCAAAGAUAAUGAGGUCAUGUUUGAAAGAGGCUGCUUCAGCUUCACAAGAUUAG